AUGGCACCCCUCCCCCCAACAACAAACCCCAUAAUCAUAUCCGGGCCCUCAGGCGUCGGAAAAGGCACAUUAUACAAACUGCUCCUCGAGCGCCAUCCCUCCGUCUUCUGUACCAGCAUCUCCCAUACCACGCGCGAUCCACGGCCGGGGGAGACGCGCGAUGUGGACUACUACUAUACCGACAUGGCGACGUUCGAGAAGAUGAUCGAGGAGGGCGGGUUCGUGGAACAUGCGAAGUUUGGCGGGAACCGGUAUGGGACCAGUCGGAAGAUGAUUGAGGAGAUGCAGGGGAAGGGGAGGGUGGUGGUGUUGGAUAUUGAGAUGGAGGGCGUAAAACAAAUCCACGCCUCCCCCCUCUCAGCACGCUACAUCUUCAUCUCGCCGCCCUCGCCCGCGCUCGAGACGCUCGAGAAACGCCUUCGUGGCCGUGGCACCGAGAAGGAAGAGUCGAUUCAGAAGCGGCUUGCGCAGGCGAAGAACGAGAUUGAGUAUUCGAAGACGGAGGGCGUGCAUGAUAUUGUGAUUGUGAAUGAUGAUUUGGAGGCAGCGUAUAAGGAGAUGGAGGAUUUUAUUUUUGGGCGGGGGCAGAAGACGCAGGAGCAGGAUGCGAGGGAUGGGGGGAAGGCGGGGGAGAGUGUGUUGGAUUGA